AUGAACACCUCAAGGAUCUAUAAAAAGGAAAACAAACUCGUCACAGCAGGCCUGACCCGUGCCAGCCUCGCUGAACCCACAGUCCUCUCGCUCUCCAAGCUCCCACACUGGACGCCGUCAGCCCCUCCAGCCAGCCAGACAUCUGCCCACCCGAAGACGGGUCCCUCUGCAGGCAGCUCCUUCCUCCACAGCUUCCCUCCUUCAAGGGGCAAAUGUUCACUCACAUUCCUGGUCUUGCCAGAAGGUCCCUUUCUCAGGGGUGCUCCAUGCACCUCCAGAUCAGCCCACGUGACCCCGCGAAGCGCUCCACCCCAGGAGGACAGAGGGAGGAAGGCAGGCAGAGCCGGCACUUGGGGACGGCAGUGGUCCGAGCGGUUCCGGAGCAGGAGCUCUUCUCAGAGAGGCAGGGACAGACCGGCAGCGGACACCCUGGCGCCCCCCACAGCCCCUGCCCCCCGAGGGCUGGUUCCGUGGCAGGGGCUCCUGCUGGCAGUCUCACUCUUAACCUGGAACCUGCUCACAACUGCCCAGCUCGCUGUGGAGUCGGUGCCGCCCAAUGCUGUCCAAGGGCAGGAUGUUCUUCUGCUUGCUCGCAAUCCUCCUGAGAGUCUUCUAGGCUAUGCCUGGUACAAAGGGGACCAUGUAAAUUUCAACUCUACAAUUGUAUCAUAUGUAAUAAACACACAAGCAGUUACCCCAGGGAUCGCAUACAGCAGCCGAGAGACAAUAUACCUCAAUGGAUCCCUGUUGUUCCAGAAUGUCACCCAAGAGGACACAGGAUACUACACCCUACAAGCCUUACACGGAAGUCUUCUGAGUACAACAGCAGCUGUCCAGCUUGGUGUCUACCGGGUAAGGAUUCCUUUACACAUAAAAAUGCAUAAGACGUCAGCACUUUUUCUUAAAGAACAACAUGUUCCACUGAGAGUCCACAUAGACUGUCCUAUGAGUGAGGAGUUUGGCACUUGGCCAAGAAAACUUAUGCAUGAUUUUUCAUGUCCAACUAUUGACAAUUACAAAGGCUUUACCUGGCAAGACUUUCAGGGGUAAGUUGCCCUCUCCACAGGAGACUUGGUGCCCAGUCAGUGCAUUACAGUCUCUGAAAGGAGUUGCAAUCAAGGAACUCCUGAUUGGCCAUGCUCUUAUGCAUAUAUACAUUCCUUGCUGAAGUGCCUGUACUUGGUUUUCUUUAUCAGAGAU